GCCGAAUAUUAACAAUGGAUACACCGCAUUGUGAACGGAAAUGGCGUCUGUUAUUUUACAACAUGUUAUUACAUCUAUUUUACGAGGACUCCGUAAGUCUAUAAACCAUUUUACUAGCAUUGAGGGUAUCAGGACGAUAUAAUAAGUUUUCUCAAACAUUAAGAUACAGGGAAUCCGUGUUGGUGGACUGUGCGUGUGGGGAAAAGUGUCUUAUUCCUAUUUAUUUAUAUAUUUUUUUGAACUGCUGCUAUAGUUGCAACGUCCCACAACCACACUCACACGAGAAACAGAAAAAGAAACAACUCAUUUGCAUUCAUUUGAGCGAUUGUUUUCUCCCUCCAGUCACAUCUGAUUGGGCUUUUUAUUAUUUGUGAAAUGAAAAGCUAAAUUAAACCUGACGACAAAAAAAAGGAAAAAAAAAAAAAAAGGGAGCGCAAGGGCAGGAUUGAUUUACUCGCUGUAUUGGUAAAUAUGACCACGUGAUCCAUGUAACCAAUCCCUGUAGAUGCAGGCCAGCAAAAAUACUAUGAUUGUUCAUAGAGGGAAGCUUCCCCUAACAGUGCAACCCUUAUUAUAUGAGUAGGAAGAGAUCAAAAAUGUCUUCCAGUGGCACUCUGAGUAACUGCUAUGUGGACGCUAUAAUGGGGCAGGAGCCGGAGGAUGUGUACGGUGCUCGCUUUAUUCAGGCUCAACACAUGGUGACCCCGAGGCCGUCAGGUGCUGGGGACAACGCAGACUUCUCCUCUUGCAAUUUUGCACCAAAGUCCGCCGUUUUCUCGUCGUCUUGGUCCUCGGUUCACCCGCAGGGGAUUUAUCACCCGUACGUGCACCACCACCACCACCACCAGUCCCAUCUACCCGCCUCGGACGGCAGAUAUGUAGGCGUCCGCUCCUGGAUGGACCCCAUCUCCAACCACGUUUCGUUCGCCGGAUUUCACUCCAGCAGUCGGCCGUACGGGACAAAGCCGGAGGUCUUGCCACCGAAAACUACAGAGUGCGACGCGUUGGAGGCAGAGGCUCGGCCGCUCGCCGGUGAAUUCGCGUGUGGAGUCUCGGAGUGUCCAGAAAAGGCGACCAAAGAGCACAGUGGAAGUGAGCUGUCGAGCCACAGCGAGCCAAAAGAGGAGAAACAACAACAACUUGACCCAAAUAACCCCGCAGCAAACUGGAUUCACGCACGCUCAACGAGAAAGAAGCGAUGCCCGUAUACAAAAUAUCAGACUUUAGAGCUGGAGAAGGAGUUCCUCUACAACAUGUAUUUGACAAGAGACCGACGCUAUGAAGUCGCCCGCAUACUCAGUUUAACCGAGAGACAAGUGAAGAUCUGGUUCCAGAACAGGAGGAUGAAAAUGAAGAAGAUGAACAGAGAGAGGAGCAGCAAGGAGCCGCUAUGAAAUCACUGCUGCUGCUGCCAUUUCACACGUUUAAUGUUUGCACCAAGGAAGCCAUCUGAACAAUAACAUUUAUUUUGAUAGGGGCCUCGGUAGCCAUUUUAUUUUAAUUUUUAGACCCUCUAGGUAGCGUAAUACUGCGUGUCAGUGUCAAAAUCACAUGUGCAGGAAUUUGUCGUCGCGAGAUACAGACAGGAUCAGUCAUUUACAAGCCAUCUGAAAUGUUCUGUGUUUUACACUUUUACCCAAACACACCCUGGGAGCAGUUUUUGUUCAGCACCCCCUCCCCACCCCCCAUCCCACACCCCACAGUAAGCAACGUGCCUAUGUGUAUUGCUUUUAUAGCUGUUAAGAAUUUGGAGUUGUAUAUAAAACAGUUUCCCAGCUUAAACUUCUUUGACUGCUGUCUGUGUCCGUACACACACACACACACACACACACACACGUGGAGAUGCUGAAUCAGUGAACCGUGCGUUGAUACGUUUUCACAAAGACUUUUACUUGUGUGCGUUCUGCCUUUUUUCACAAAGUGAGUUGGUGCUGCAUUUGGGGAAAGCAAAUUAUCAGGUAUUUUUUUUAGCUUAAACGUCUAUAUAUGUAUCAACAUUUGUUCCUUUAAUUACCACAUUUAUCAACUUUCUCUGCAUGUUUCUGGCAUAUUGGUGGGUUGUGUCAUUUCAGCGAUUUUAGAAAAUAUUCCCUGAUGCCUUGUUUACAGCGAGACUGCUACUGCAGCACAACGUCUUGCAGCCACAUGAGGGAAAAAUACAACACAAAUUCAACACAAAAGUCAGUGUUUGACAGUUAAAUUUUCUUUUUUGCAGCCAGCAAAUGAAUCUGCAGAGAUUAAAGCGAUUCAAAUCAAUCUUUAAUCCUAAAUGAGGUUACAUACUGUAUGUUAAAUUUCACUUUUUGAAACAGUGUAUUUGAAACGUAGAAGAACAAGUAAUAAAGUGUUUACG